AUGCUUGCUAUGGAUUCUUUGAAUGGAUACAGAUUAGAACCCAAAUGGGAAAUUGAUCCUCAGCUUCUCUUUGUUGGCCCAAAGAUUGGUGAAGGAGCUCAUGCUAAAGUCUAUGAAGGAAAGUACAAGAACCAGACAGUUGCUAUAAAGAUAAUUCACAGAGGAGAAACACCAGAAGAGAUUGCAAAGAGAGAUUCAAGAUUCCUGAGAGAAGUAGAAAUGCUCUCACGUGUUCAACACAAGAACUUGGUCAAGUUCAUUGGUGCUUGCAAGGAGCCUGUGAUGGUGAUAGUUACAGAGCUUCUUCAAGGCGGUACGCUGCGUAAAUAUCUCUUAAACUUGCGACCCGCUUGUUUGGAGACUCGUUUAGCCAUCGGUUUCGCUCUCGACAUUGCUCGUGGCAUGGAAUGCUUGCAUUCCCAUGGGAUCAUUCACCGUGAUCUCAAACCAGAGAAUUUGCUUUUAACUGCAGACCACAAAACAGUAAAACUAGCAGAUUUUGGAUUAGCAAGAGAAGAGUCACUCACUGAGAUGAUGACUGCUGAGACCGGAACAUACCGAUGGAUGGCGCCUGAGUUGUACAGCACGGUUACACUUCGGUUAGGAGAGAAGAAGCAUUACAAUCAUAAAGUCGACGCAUACAGCUUCGCAAUCGUUCUCUGGGAGCUUUUACACAAUAAACUUCCUUUUGAAGGAAUGUCAAACCUCCAAGCAGCAUAUGCAGCAGCCUUUAAAAAUGUGAGACCGAGUGCUGAGAGCUUACCAGAGGAUUUAGGGGAUAUUGUAACAUCUUGCUGGAAUGAGGAUCCGAAUGCUCGGCCAAACUUCACUCAGAUCAUUCAGUUACUACUUAGCUAUCUCUCCAAGGUUGGAUCUCCGGUGUCCGCGAUUCCGCAACGGAUUCUUGCGUCUAAGAACACGUUGCUGCCGCCGGAUUCUCCUGGGACUAGCUCUUUGAUGGCUACAAAGCUUGAUGAAUGUGGGGAAACACCAAAGGCUAAAAAUGAAGACAAAAGAAAAGGUUUGUUUUUCUGCUUCAAUCAAUGUUAUUGA